UGAGCGGACCAUCCAACCUGUGUCGAGUCGCAAUAACAGCAUUCUGUGCUGUUAUUCAGCUCUCGCACACCAAUGACACUCAACAGUGUUGCAGCGUGCUUUUUUCAUAACAGAUUAUUUUUAUAGACUUCUUUUUUUAUACAUUUAGACUUCUUUUCUCGCCACCAUGGUGCUCGGAAAAGUAAAGAACAUGGUCGUAAGCUAUGACUGUCACAAUGACAGCAAUGUGCCCGUGUUUUCCAGCGGGGACUGCGUCUCAGGAAGGGUCAUCAUCGAAGUGACCGGCGAAAUUCGCGUCAAGUCGCUUAAAAUCCAUGCAAAAGGCUUAGCCAAAGUGCGAUGGACUGAAUCGCGAAAUGCUGGAUCCAAUACUGCCUACACGCAAAAUUAUACAGAAGAAGUGGAGUAUCUAAAUCACAAAGAUCUCCUUAUUGGCCAUGGAAGAGAUGAUGAUAACUCAGAGGAAGGUCUCACGACAAUCCAUUCAGGAAGACACGAGUAUGCAUUUAGCUUUGAGCUUCCACAAACACCUCUGGCUACCUCGUUUGAAGGGAAACAUGGUAGUGUGCGCUACUGGGUGAAAGCAGAGCUGCACAGACCAUGGCUUCUGCCCAUGAAGACCAAGAAAGAGUUCACCGUUUUCGAACACAUUGACAUCAACACUCCCUUACUGCUGUCUCCCCAGGCAGGCACGAAAGACAAGACUCUAUGCUGCUGGUUUUGCACCUCAGGUCCAAUCUCCCUAAGUGCCAAAAUUGAAAGGAAGGGUUACACCCCAGGAGAAUCGAUUCAGAUUUUCGCCGAAAUCGAGAACUGCUCCAAGCGUAUGGUUGUGCCAAAGGCUGCCAUCUACCAAACGCAGACCUUCUUUGCCAAAGGGAAGAUGAAGGAGAUCAAACAGUUGGUGGCCAAUCUGCGUGGCGAGUCGCUGUCUUCUGGCAAGACUGAGACAUGGAACGGGAAGAUGCUGAAGAUCCCACCUGUGUCGCCAUCCAUACUGGACUGCAGCAUCAUCCGGGUGGAGUAUUCACUAAUGGUCUACGUGGACAUUCCAGGAGCUAUGAACCUGUCCCUCAACCUGCCUUUGGUGAUCGGCACAAUCCCGCUGCAUCCAUUUGGAAGCCGCACAUCAUCGGUUAGCAGCCAGUGCAGCAUGACCAUGAGCUGGCUGGGCCUCAGCCUCCCAGAAAGACCUGAAGCUCCACCAGCCUAUACAGAAGUGGUAUCAGAGGAACAGAGACAGAACUGCGUGCAAGUGUCCUGUAGACGUGAGGACUUUGACAGCCCACUGUUUGCCUACAUCCAAGAAUUUCGCUUCCAGCCUCCACCUCCAUAUUCUGAGAUUGAUCCCAACCCAGAUCAGCCCAGACAGACGGAGGAGCAGAGGCCUGACACCUGCCCAUGAACAGCUCGCAACAUCAGCCCAGAGCGGUCGGGCCCAUUAAACUUUCGUCUUUUCGUUUUUUUCCCCGGCGACGGCGAGCAUGCUCAUGCUGCGGUCAAUGCUGUGAGAAAACAAACACGCAGGUGAAAGGAUGGUCAGUUGCAUAAAGUUACUGCCAAGUCACUUCACGCCUGCACUGUGACUUGCGUUCACAACGCUCAUCUGUGUCGAUCCCUGUGGACAGCUGUACCUGGUCGGACUACUUGAUUACGCCGCCAGAUUUCAUCAGCCUAGUUUCUGUCGUCCUAACGCUCGUUUCUCUAACUGUGGCACAAAGCAAGAUGAGGUCGUAGUGCACCAAGCUAUCCGGAGACGUGCGUGUGUGUAUAUAUACACAGAGGAAACAGCCACCGCCUGCAGUACAAAGGAGAGAAGACUCCGGCUUUGGUUGUGGAUUUUUUGCACAUUUGAUUUUUAGCUUGACUUACGAGGCUCGGUUUGAAAAUCACUAACUGUUUUGUUUUUCACUGUCCUGGUCUAAUACGACUAAACGCAGGCUUUAUCCGCACAACUCUGAACAAGAUUCAGACUGAAUGAACUCAAAUCAAGCUCUGAUCUAGUUCCAGAUGUUUGUAGGUGGUUUUGUUUUUUUCCUUCAUUUAUUCUUAAAGACAUGCAUAUGGCACUGUGCCCAUGGGCAUACCAUCUUAAGGUUCUGUAAGGCCUUGGAAUCGUUUCCUGUACGGUUCAGAAAUAGCAGAAAGACGUACUUUUUCCUUCUGCUCAUACAGACACCGUGUAUACGUUAAGUCAGUCUGUGUUUGCUUGGGGAUUUAAUUCUAGUGCAUGUUUUGUGGUGGAGAAGCAGAAGUGGCAUUGCCACUCGCAUGUAAAGGCAGGGCGGAGAGAUAAAACAGGGUGGAACCCGGUAGGCUGUCUGCGAACAGCUUGAACAGUUCGUUGCCUUUCUGUUUGUAGUGUAAUAGAGCAGGCUUCUAUACAGCACUGCCUCAGUCUCAGGAGAACUUCUCACUUGCCAAAUGGUUGGAAACACAAUAGAUAUAAAAAAAAGCAUAAAAUGUAGGUAAGAGCAAAAAGUAGAUUAGAUGAACAGAUUAAGAAGACAAUGCACAAGGCAGCUUUCUAAGACAAACGACAUUCCCUUUUUGUCCUGUUGCACUUCCAGACUUCUUUUGCCCUUCCAGACUUCUUUUGCCCUGACAUUCCUCCAGGCCAGUGAUGGCAGAUAUGAUUUAUUGCAAAUAAACUUGAAAGUACAAGAUAUGCCAGUCUAGAGCACCCUCAAAAUGUUAGACAGCCUACAAACCCACACAUUCACUAAUGGUGAGUUAGGGAUGCAGCCCAAAUUUGGCUGAUAGUGUUGAAUUGAGACUUACAUUGGUUUUAAAACUUGUUCAACACAAAGGUCGAUGAAAGCUCUGCUUCCUUUUUCAUGUAGCAUUUUUUUUGGAAAGCCUAAUCAUAUCUCGCUGAGGUCUGGAGGACGUGUCUAAUUCAACCAUCUCCCAGUGAAAUGUUUUAAGCCGCGUACGAUACAAAGCUUACAUUUGCAUUUACAAGGAUGGUAUGAAUGAUCAUAGUUAAGUAGAUGAUGCAUGUGUGUGUACGUGUUAUUUGUGGUUUCGGUGAGGGUGUGGAGAAUUCAACAAGUUUUAAGCAAGACUCGAACAUACACAGACUAAUUUAAAGUGUCUUAUCAUAGUGGCCUUGAGGAACUGACCUGGUUCAUCACAACUCACAACGUACGAGGUUCCGUCUCUGUGUCGUCUAAAAUGUGUUUUUGUUUAAAAGGACAAAAAGGGAACACCAAAUAGUCCUUCAAAGCGAACACUAAUCCCCAGACAUGCCACUUAGAUUUUCUAUGGCUUACCACCCAUUUUGAGCAUGAGGUGCAUUUAGAACUUUUGCUUUCAGUUCUGUUAUUAUUUUGGCAAAAUGUCUGACUGUGUUAGCACACCUUCUGAAAGACUGAGCAACUCAUUCAUGUUUAUUUUUAGCAGCCCUUACCUGGCCUUGGGUAAAAUGAUAAGCUUAAAGAAAUAUGUGGUUGGUCAGUUCCAAUGUCCAGUGCUUGGCCGUCCAUUUAAUUCAGUGUUAAAGCUAAACUUCACUAUAAAGAAUAAAAGAAGCAAAGUUGAGUGGAUUUAUUUUAAAAACAAAGUGCAAUAUUUUGAGUUAUUUGAGUUUUUUUUUUUUUCCACAUUAGUAUAACAUUUUGUUUUGGCUGUUAUAUUUUAGUGAUCAUUAUCAACACUACAUAAUGUUAAUCGACAAAUUUAGGUUCAGAAUGGUUUUGAACUUGUCUUAGUUCUUCCUCUGAUCUAAAUAAACCUUUAC